GAUAACUUUUAGCGAUUUCAAAUAUUAUCUCAAAGAGGAUAAGAAAUACAGCAAGAGUUGGGAGUAAAAUAAAAAAUUGAAAGGUGACGUCAUCGUAUAGACAGAAACUUAUCAAGGUAGGAAACACAUAAAAGAUAAUGUCGUCUGUCUAUUUAUACGAUAACUGUGUACGCGUAAUGUUAGAUUUCAAGUGUGCCACGAUAAAAUAGUUCAUCUUUAAAAGUAGAUACCUCGCGGAUUCUUGCUCAUUAUUCGUUCAUCAGUCCAGUGAGGAUUUACAACGCUUGAUAUACACACAACUUUUUCCAAUAUUUCUCCAAUAAUACCGUCCCGAGAUUGCGAAUAGCAACCGGUUCGAUCGAUUCAAUGGCGAAUACCGCGAACUCUGUCUGCGACGUACGCAAGCGUACCGGAGAAUCCAAAUCUCAGGUACAAUCAAUUGAGAACAAGCAUAAUAAUCAGUUUGUAGUUAGCUACAAAAAUCAAUUUUACAACAUAAAAGACUUCCUUCGAUAUCAUCCUGGCGGAGCGAAGAUAUUAAAUUUCUUUAAAAACCGAAGCUUGGAUAAAGCGUUCGAAGAAAAUCCCCACUCGGAAGCGGCGUUUCACCUGUUGCAGGACUUCAUAUUAAACAAUCAAGAAAAAUACCAAAAAUACGAAAACCUGAUCGAUUGGAACCAAGCUAUACUUGGACAAGUAGGUUCACUAGGCCAGCAUUAUUCGGAAUGGGUCAAUUUACCAGUGAAUAAGGAUAUAAAACUUUUUAAAUCAAACAUUUUAGAAAGUUUAACAAUUACACCUUGGUAUAUGAUACCGAUAAUAUGGAUUCCAGUAUGUCUUUAUUUUCUUUAUUGCGGAUGGACACAUAUCAGCACCGAUAAUAUCGAAAGCACCGUGUUUGAAGUUUUAAUUUCAUAUAUAUUCGGUAUAUUGUUAUGGACUCUAUUAGAAUAUGUACUUCAUCGUGAAAUCUUUCACUAUAAACCACCCAUUAACUCGAGACUACUUAUUACUUUGCACUUUUUACUUCACGGUAUUCAUCACAAGGCACCAUUUGAUAAUAGAAGAUUAGUAUUUCCUAUUUUACCAGCUGCAUUGACAGCAAAAGUGUUAUUGAUGAUCUAUAGUAUGGUGUUUCCUCAAACGACUCUUUAUUUUAUUGUAGCUGGUACAUUAACAGGCUAUAUUUUUUACGAUUUGACACAUUAUUAUUUACAUCAUGGUGCGCCAAAGGUUGGGACAUAUAUGUACUUAAUGAAAAGAAAUCAUAACUAUCAUCAUUUUUUACAUCAUGAUUUAGGUUUCGGUAUCAGUAGUAAAUUAUGGGAUUAUAUGUUCAGAACGAAUAUUUGUUUACGAAAAUUGGUCAAACCAAUUGAAUGGUAAAUUAAUUCACUAAAUAAGACUUAUAUAUAUAUACACAUAUGUAUACAUAUGUAUGACAAGCAAACAGUACAAAAAAAGUCAAUUACAAUUUACGAUCGAUCGUUCGAUAAUAUGUAUAUUUUAAGUACAAAGAACAAAAUGCAGAAAAUACAUAUACACAGAAUCGAGCAAAAUUUUUAAUAAGAUAAAUUAUUGCAUAUUGCUAUAAGCACUUGAGCAAAAUAAUACUUUAAGUACAUCAUUCUUGGAAUAUACGCUUAUUUUAUAUAAAGAUAAUUUAAAUACGCUAAAUAAAUAAAUCAAUGCCAGUGGUUAAAAAAUACCAUUAGCAUUGGUAAUAUAAACGAAUGUGAUUAAUUAUAAAUAAAUGUGAUUAAA